CACAUUUUCCCUCCCUUCAUCUGCCGUGGUCGCUGCCUGAGCCCGCCUGCCGGGAUCCGCAGCUGUUCAGGGAGCAUGAGGGCCCUCCAGGGAGCAGCAGAGCACCUCAUCCAGACUGGGUGGAGAGUCUGGUACCUGGGGCUUUGCAAGGCCCUUGCCCUGCUGCAGGCCGCCUGGAUUGCCUUCUCCCGGCCUGUUCCAGCCAGCUGUGGCCAGCUGCUGACCCAGCUCCUCCUGUGCGGGUCCCUGACUGUUGCUGCUGCAGGUCUGACCUACCAUUGGCUGGUGUCCUCGCUGCUCUAUCCUCUGGAGCCCUCGGCUGUGGUGGCCACCAUCUGUGGCCUCCUAGUGUUCCUGAGCCUGGGUCUGGUGCCUCCAGCCCGCUGCCUGUUUGCGCUCAGCGUGCCCACCCUGGGCACGGAGCAGGGCCGCCGCCUGCUCCUGUCCUGGAGUACCGCCACCCUGGCCGUCGCCGUGGUGCCUAACGUCUUGGCCAACAUGCACGCAGCUGGGCAGGUGCUGAGGUGUGUCACUGAGGGCUCCCUGGAGAGUCUGCUCAACACCACUCACCAGCUGCACAUGGCAUCCCGGGCUCUGGGUCCUGACAGCCAAGUGGGCGGCCAGGGCCUGAUGCUCCAGGCCCAGGACAAUGGCUCUGCCUUCCAGCUCCACAUGCUCAGGGUCACUCAGCAGGUCCUGGAGGACUUCUCCGGCCUGGAGUCCUUGGCCCGGGGGGCAGCCCUGUGGAGUCAGCGGCUGGUCACAGGGCUCCUUAUGCUGGGCCUCCUGGUGGACUCAGCCUGGUACCUCCAUCGCUACCUGACUGACCUGCGGUUUGAUAACAUCUACGCCACACGGCAGCUGGCUCAGCAGCUGGCAGAGGUCGGGGCCACACACCUGGUGUCCUCCCCGCCAGCCUGGCUGCUCUGGGCGGCCCGGCCGAGGCUGUCCCAGGGGGAGCUGCUGAGCUGUCUCCUAAGACUGGGUCUGCUCACCCUGCUCCUUGUGUCCACGGCUGUGACGGUGGCCACAGACCAUGUGGCCUUUCUCCUGGCUCAGGCAGCCGUGGACUGGGCUCAGAAGCUGCCUGCUGUGCCCAUCACGCUCACGGUCAAGUACGAUGCUGCAUACACAGUCCUGGGCUUCAUCCCCUUCCUCUUUAACCAGCCACCUCCGGAGAGCCCCUUCCUCUCCGCCCACCACUCCUUCCACUGGGAGCUCCGCUUCACCGCCGCUGGCUGCCCGCUGCUGCCCGCCCGGCGCCCGCACACAGCCGCGCCCCUGGCCGCGGGCGCCCUGCAGCUUGUGGCUGGCUCCACCGUCCUCCUGGAGACCUAUGCCCGCCGCCUGCGGCACAGCAUCGCUGCCUCCUUCUUCACAAGCCAGGAGGCAAGGAGGGUCCGCCACCUUCAUGCCCGGCUCCAGCGAAGACACGACAGGCUCCAAGGCCAGCAGCUGGUCCCAGGCGCUCCAUCCUGCUCCUGA